AUGGGUCGAUUGGGCAAUCAAGUCGAACAUUUUCUCGGAGGAUUGGCAUUUGCUAAACUAAUCAAUCGAACAUUGAUCGUUCCACCUUGGCGAACUUAUAAGAACAUUCCGUAUUCGGAAUGGUUUCAAAUUGACACUCUUCGUUCAUAUCAUCGUGUGAUCGAUGGUCAAGAUUUCAUGCGAGAACUCGCCCCAACAGUGUGGCCACCUGAAUUACGCGUUGGAUUUUGUUGGCUACGUCCGGAACAACCCAAAUCAGAUUGUAAAAUGAAAGAAGGCAAUCCAUUUGGACCAUUUUGGAACGAACUAAAUGUUGACUUUGCUGAUACUGUUGGAUAUCAGCUCAAUUAUGAUGAAUAUUCCAUAGAUCAAUGGAAACAAACAUUUCCACCAGAUCGAUAUCCUGUUAUAGCAUUAAAAGGAGCACCAGCGUCCUUUCCUAUGGAUGCUAAACAUCGUUAUUUACAGAAAUACAUGAAUUGGUCAGACGUGAUUAUCGACGAAGUUCGACGCCAUCAAGGAGUUCUAUUCAACAAUCAAUCUUAUAUAGGAAUUCAUCUUCGAAAUGACCUUGACUGGCAAAAAGCCUGUGACAAUGUCGAAUCUUAUCGGUCUCGUUCGUAUAUGGCUGCACCGCAAUGUUUAGAUCUGUCUCCUUCGCCAACUGAUUACGUAACAAAAAAACUAUGCUAUCCAUCCGAUGGCGAAAUUCUUCGUCUUCUAAAGAAUGUCAUUCUUCGCACACGAAUUCAUCAUAUCUAUGUCGCUACGGACCGACGACCGAUGAUCAGAGAAAUCGAAGAGCAUCUUUCCGCACAACGUGUUCAUGUCAAGCAUUUAGAUCCACAUUUGCCUAUUAUUGAUGUAGCUAUGUUAGCCCAUGCUAAUUAUUUUAUUGGAAAUUGUGUUUCGUCGUUUACAUCGAUUGUUAAACGAGCGCGAGAUGUACAGAAUCUCCCAAGUGCUUUCUGGGGUUUUAAUAAUUAA